CGCACUUCCAAAUACCUCGUCACCAAUCUCCGGCGCCCCUAGUGCACGCCUUGGUCCCUCGAUCUCUACGACCCUUUGCACCACCGACGCAAUCGGGCUCGGCUGCACAAUAAGCAUCCUGCGCCGCCAAACCUUCGGCGACGUAGCUUUGACCGUCCCAUCGGAGGUAGUUCUAGCACCCGCGACUCUGCUGAUCGAACGCCCAAGAAAAAAGGACGGCGACGGGAUGCUCACAGUGGAGGAGCGGUAACACCAUGACAUCAAUGCCUCGAGAAGCGGCGGCCAGCAGUCUGACGGAUCCGAAUCACUAUCGAUCUUUCGACAACAUCAACAUGGCAGCUGGCGACCCCAAAGGACCCACGCCGACGCGACCAUGGAUCGAGAAGGACUCCGAACCACACGCCUCUCCAGCGGGAGAGUUGACGCGGCGAAAACGUCUCUCAUUCUUUGGACGCUCCAGUUCAGAUGCUGCAACGCGCAAACCGCCGAUGCAGCCCUUACAGGCCACCAUGUCUACGCACAAAGAUGAACUGCCUGCGUUCGACUCCGUCCCACAAGCGCAACCCCGACGGCCCAUGACUUCGGGGAGCGAUCAUGCCAGGAGAAAGACGUCGGAUCAGAUAGAGAGCAUUCGACAUUCCAUCUUUGGUGGCAGGAAAGGUUCGCGGCCGACGACGAAACGAUCGCGACAAAGCCACCAGGCCCCCAAUGUCGGCUUGAUCCCAUUCACAUCUCCUCUGCAAGAAGAAGUCACACCACCACCUGAAGCCAAGGGCAACGUCGGUGCCAAAGACUUCAGGGACGAGAGCGAUUUCUACCAUCACCGGAAGAAGACCUCCAUAUCGUCGCCAUUCAACUUUCACCACGUCGGGCAUACUGAUCGAAAGAACCUGCCUACACGACUGGAAACUGUGGACGAGAAAGCACUGAGCAACAGACUGCUAGACUUUGAUGCCCAAGGUCAUGCGUUACAAGGCGUUCCGGCCGACAAGAUCCGGCAUUCGCGUCUUCUCUUGCAGUCCACAUCGUCGCCACAUGAGCAAGUGAUCCCCUCGCGACAUCGUGGCAGCCCGAGUGUCGACGAGACCACGUUCAAUGAAGCCCUGGAGACGAAAUUCAACGUAGAGGAACACUUCAAUGAGCGACCGGCCCUCAGGUCACCAGAACGCGUGCCACGACCCUCUUCUUCGUCACCCGCAUUGAACUCGCCUUCGUCGAGCAGUGCCUCGCACACGAUUCCACAUCUCCAUACAAAAGCCUCUUUUGAUUCUUCUUCUCAGCUGACACAUUCACGUGACCCAUCGCCAUCAUGCGAGGAUCGACCCACCAUGCCGGUGCGCGGAAGACCUUUGGGACAAAGUUUCCGCGAAAAGCAGCCCCUACCACCUGUUCCCCCACAAGAACAGCCUGCUGCUAUGGUUGGGCAGAAGCCUUCCAAGACUUCACUCGCAUCAAGUCGCCUCAGUAUGGGGCAGCGGUUUCAUCCAGCAUCUGGUGUGAACGCAGGAGGUUAUCCAGCCAGCAUAGCCUCACAGAAGAGCAAGCGAUCGAGCAAAUCUGCUGCGCCAACGGCGCACAGUAGUACCUCUACACGGGCCUUCUCGGACAUUCCUGUCGGUCUGGAUUGGGAGGAUGACAUCGACUUUGCUUUUGAGCAGGAAGCAGAGGCGACUUGCGACUUUGACUGGGAAAAGUACGCGCCAUUCAUGCCCCCCACGAAGGAAGAACUGCCAGAUCCGAGUCCAGAUGGGUCCUCGCCCGACAGCAGUGGAGGUGGGGGUGUGCGUCUUUCGGGCUGGAUAGACGAACCUUCUGCAUUGGCAGGAGGCGAGGCUCCAAUGAACACAUCGGGCUUACCACCACUAUUCGAUGAAGACGGCCAACCGCUCCAUCACAAGCGUGGGUCUUCCGUCGGCCAUCGUGGCUUCUUGGCCGCAAGAAACUCUUCUACAGACAAAUUGUCGGCCAAGACUCCGCCAUUGCCAGUGGAGAUCAGUAAGCAUGCUGAAGUGAGCACCCCUCCGGCUAUCAGUCUCACUACAGAUUCGGUGGGGUUUGCAGCAGCGGAUGAAGGGAAAAAGUCUCCGUAUGGUAUGCAGUCCUACUUUCCUGCAUUUGAUAGCUGUAUUCCCGAGUAUCUGAGCGAUCCCGAAUCGACCAGAACAGGUGGCAACAGACAUCGAAAGAGCUCUUCGUACAGCUCUUUCGAUUCUUCUGGACGAUCUCUCCAAAACACUUCGGCGUCGGUGUCAUCAAUGUCUACGAGAUGGUCUUCUGCUUCGACUUCAUCGAUCCCUGACCUGCUCCACUGCUCCACGUACAGCAGGAAGCGAGCGAGUGUCCGAAAGAGCGCCACUUCUGGCAUCUUUCGAACGCUGGAGAGUGUACCCCACAGUCCUGAUGGGAGGGAAGAGCCCAAGUCAAGUGUGGAAGUGCAGGCUAGGCCGAGCAUUUCUGAUCGCUCCGUCAGUGACACGAUUCUGAUGAGAAGGCCGGCCACUUCUGGCGACCGAGCAUUGCUCUUCCAGAGUGGAAGAGUGGUGCAGAGAGGAAGAUCGAGUACGCGAAGUGCGAGUCGGAUGGCGGCUCCACCGCUCCCGCAAGAAGAGGAGCAGGAACACACAUGGAUUUAAUGUUGAAUGUGAUGGCGAGAGGAAUGUGUUAUGUGAAUUAUGACCGCAAUGUCAAACUGAGGAGGGACAGAAGCGAGAUGCAAAUAUGAAAUUGAAAAAUGGAUGGCCACGAAAUUGGGGAGAGAUGGAUGAUGAGCACAGAGACAUGGUGCAAAACAUGAGGAAGCCCGGACAGUCUUUUUGGGGCAUGAUUUCCUCGUGCGCGCUGCACUGUGCUCCAACACCAGCGCAAGAGCGCCUAUACACACACGUUUUCCUUCUUGUUGUUGUUCUUGUUGGAGGCAAAAAGAUACCCGCAAAGGCUUUGUAUGAGAUGCUUGUACUAGUAUUUAGUAUUGCUACAGCAGUCGUCAACAAACGGCGCGCAG